AUGUAAAUAUAUGAAAUAAAGUUAAAAAACUUGAAUAAUUAUUAGCUAAAACAGAAGAUUCUAAUCAUUAAUAAGAAUAAAAUCAAAAAAGAAAGUUUUCUGGUUCAGAAAAGGAAAUUGUUAAAUUAUUAGUAAAUUGAAUAACUCAUGUUAAAUUCAACCACAAUAGUAAUAGCAAAAAUAAAAUUUUACAAACAAAAACAAAUUUUUAAUUAAAAGUUUGAUUCUUUUAUUUAAAACCUUUCAAUAUAAUUAUCAUAAAAAAAGAGAGAUAUUGCUGAUCUACAAUUAAAUUUAGCAGAUAAAGAAGUUUAAAUAUCAUAACUCUAAUUAAAAAAUAAUAUCUAAUAACUUUAAAAUGAAUAAAUGAAGUAGCAGCUUAAAAAGGUAUUAAGUAUUAUUGAAAACUUUUAGCUAUUCUCUAACAAUUUCGUAAAGUUAAGACAAUGA